AUGCCGCCGGAACAUUCGAAGAAGAGAAAUAGAAUUACAUUGUCUUGCAAUUAUUGCAAGAAAAGGAAAGUGAAAUGUGAUAGAGGACAACCAUGUUCAUCAUGUGUUAAAUAUAAUGUUCCUGGAUUGUGUGAAUAUAAUGCAUUUGUAAGUAGCGAGAAUCAACAUAUGGGAGAAUUGCCUCCUUUUACUGUUCAAAGUUCUAAUAAGAAGAGUAAGCUUGAUGUGAAUGACGAAAUAAUGAAAAGCCAGGCGGUUCAAAAUACUGAUACUACAAUGCAUUCUGAAUUAGAGAUGCUAAAAGAUAAAAUCCGACAGAUUGAAGCAUCUAUAACAGUGUCUAGUCUAUCACAACAAAGCCCUAACUUCAGUCCUCCAACGACUGAUCCAUAUUUAUUAAAUGCUACAAUUAAUAACAAUAAUUCUGUAUCACGAACUCAAAAUAAUCCAAUACAAUUACCACCGUUAACAUGGCCUCCUUCUACAUCAUCUACGCCUAGAUCCAUUUCUACAGAAAGUAAUUUAAGAUCAGAACAAUCGCUGGGCCAAAAUCCUCUCAAUGAUUAUUCAGACACUAAUAAAAAAUACGUGGGUAUUAAUCCUUUUGGAUCGUCAGAAGAGAUAAUUAAUUUUUAUGAAGGAUACACCCCCGUCAUAAUUAAAUCAUCAUCGAGAAGAAUGAAUUUUGGUCCUUUUGCGUGGAUAUCUAUCAUGAGUAAGGACAUUGCAUUGCGUUUAUUAUGGAAAUAUGCCAAAGAGAGCAAGCUAACUGACUAUGGGGCACAAAAGGCUCUUAGCUGGAAUCUAGAAAAAAUAAAUCAAGAAAAAGGUUGCGUAGAAAAAGACCAGAGGGAUAAAAUCAAUCAAUCAGACGUAGAAUCUCGGAAUAGUCAAGAAGCAGAAUUAGAAAAGGAAUUUCGCGAGAAAACAUUGGAUAGAGAUGGAUAUAAUGAUAUAAGACUUUAUAAUAAUAUUCUAGAUGAUCAGCAGAACAAGGGAGAUAAAGAGAAACGAUUUAAAGAUGAAAAACAACGAAAAAUAAAUAUGAAUAAAAACGCAAUUUCUUUAGGCUUAACGGUAUUUGAAGGUCAAAUAGAUCAAGAGUUGAAGUUAAUUGAUAAGAUUAAAGUUGUUUUACCCAAGCAGAGAGUAAUUUGGAUUCUUAUCAACAAAUUUUUCCUUUCAGUUUAUCCAUUUUUGCCAUUUAUUGAUGAAAAUUAUUUUAAAUCAGAAAUGUCACGAAUAUUAGGACCAGAAGACCACAAUGAUUCUAAAAUUAGUGAAUUAAAUAUUGAAAAAAGACUAGAUUUAGCAAAUAUUGGGAUAUUGCUAAUUAUCACUCGAUUUACAUAUUUGUCAUUAUUUUCUAAUAGAAAUGGAGUUAAUGAGAAUAAUCUAAAGACUAAUGAUCCAUCAUCUACAGCACAAGAACUUAAGUAUCUCUUGUCAAACCCUAUAAAUAUUGACGUUAUACAUAUGGCACAAUUAUGUCUAGAUCAGUUUGAAUUGUUGCGUAAAACGAACUUGGUCGUACUACAAUGUGCAUUAAUAAUGAGGUUAUACCACAUGUUCUCACCUGAAGAUGGGGAUGGCGCUGAUGGUGGUGAUUCACAAAUAUAUUCAGGGAUGUUGAUUCAAAUGGCCUACUCUAUGGGUCUAAAUCGAGAGCCAGAUAAUUUUCCGGAAGCAUGUAAUGAUGAAAAAGUCAAUAAUAUUGGACGAAAGAUUUGGCUCUUUUUAACAUUGGGUGAUUUUAACCAAGCAUAUUCUUAUGGAAACCCAUUAUGUAUUGAUGAUAAAUAUGUAGAUACUAAGCUACCAUAUUAUAAACCUGGAAAUGAAAACAUUCUAGAUAUCGAGUUAGAAAAGAAUGUUUUGAGUACAUUUGCUUAUUUCAGUAAAUUUUAUGGAAAAUUGAAGACAAUUUUAGAUCUCACAUUAUCUGUUAAAGACUCAAUCAAAAUGGAAAACUUAACAAGGCUAAUGAGUGACUUUGAAAAGUUCAUACAUCUGCACUAUGGGACUUUAAAUCAAUAUUUUAUACCAUUUAAAGAUGACAAGUUUCGAUACCCGUUUAUUAAGAUUAUGAAAUGCAAGAAUUAUAUCAACUUAACGAACUUCAAUAUGAUUGUCUUUUACCAUUUUUUUUUACAUUAUGAGAAAAGAAAGCAACCGAAUUUGUCAUUCUUUUAUUUGAAAAAAAUAUAUACAGUUAUGCUUGAUGAAUUCGUUGAGGGAAUUUUUCAGUUAGUCGAGGAUAAUCACGUUAACUUUGGAGAAGGUGCUGAUCUAAUUAUGAAUCCUAGUUUGGAACAAAUUAUUCACAAAUCGUCGCAAGUGAAUUUUGCAAUAUUUAUUAGAUUAAAAUUGCAACUUCAUAAAAUGUCAACAGACGUCGAUCAUGAUUUAAAAAUGAAUAAUGAUUAUUAUUACCAAGAGAAACAUUUGAAGCUUAGCAAGCUACUGAAAUAUAUUCAAAAAUUGAUAGAUACGUUCAUGACUGCUAUGACCAAUUUAAGUAAAAGAUACUAUUACGCAUGGAAAGUAACGAAGGCAUAUAGGUUCUUACUAGAAUUCUCUGGCUUAGAUGAAUCCCUAGCGAAGGAAUGUAAUUUGGAUAUCACCGAGUUUAGUGUUGGCCAGGUAGAUGAAUUAUCAAGAAUGUGUGAAGCGUCAUUGAGAAGAGUUCACAAAAGUAGAAUGUCGAAACGAGAUACCAACAUUAACGAACAGCAGAAUGAACUGCAAAAUAAUCAAUUUAGGAAUCAUAUUCAAGUUCAGGACAAUAAUGAUGGGGAGUCAAUCGACAACGUGAAAAUUAAAACGCCUAUUCCUAUGACUCCUGGCAUGUCCGUUGAAUCGCUGAAUUCAUUGAAUUUCGAAGACAUGGAAUUUAUAAACAACAACGAAAUUGAUAGACUCUGGAUGCAAAUGGUAUCAAUGAAAAACGAAGCGAAUUCUAAUCCUGGGACUAAUGUCGAUUUAGGUAACCAAGGCCAGGAAUUGCACCCAUUGCAAUCACCGGGAAAUACCAUCCCAAGAACACCAUUCAGCAGUUACGAUUUCAAUGAAAAUUCGUUUGACCUAUUAAGGGAUAUACAUUUAGAACAAAUAUUUGAUGGUAAUUAUUGA